AGGAAAAGAGGGAGAAAAAAGGUUGCGAAGGCAAAAGCAAAGGUGUACAGAGAUCUUAAUGACAUUAAACAAAAGCUUGAGGAUGCCCUCAGAAAAGUUGAAAAAUACAAAAAAAGAAGUAAUCGACUGAAGAAGAACCUGGGGAUCCUAGAGUCACCUAAAAUGAAAACAAAGCAACAGAUGCAGCAAGAAAGCAAGCAAUUAAAGAAGACACUCCUAUUCCAUAACACCAUUAUGUCAGAAAUAAGAAAAAAGUAUCAGAAUGUUGACAAUCGUAAAGCUCGGCAACUGAUCUCCAAACUUGUGGCUGGCAAGAUCUUAAAAAAAUACCACCUGGUCACCAUGGCCAAGAAGGAGUUUGGAUUCUCUACAAAACUAAUCAGGACAAACAUGACAAGGGCCGACAAACUCAAAUACAACAACAUAAAACACCAAUAUCUGUCUUUGAGAGCACUAAAAGAAAAGAUUGACGAAGACAGUAUUGUUCUACAAAUUGACUUCGCAGAAAAUUACAUGUGCAAAUUUUCCAAUGACAUCCAAGCGGUCCAUUUUGGCGAUUCCCACCAGCAGGUAAGCCUCCAUACUGGUGUGGCUCACACGAAGAAUGGUGUUGUGUCUGUUUGCACCAUUAGUUCCUCAAUGCGCCAUGACCCAUCUGCAAUCUGGGCUCACCUCAAAAAAGUGCUUCCCUACCUCAAACAACAAAACACAGCUGCAACCACCCUGCAUGUCAUAAGUGAUGGCCCAACCACUCAGUAUAGGUCAAAAAAUAACUUUUUUUUCCUGAGCAAAGUACCAUAUGAGCUAGGAUUCAAAAAGGUGACCUGGAAUUUUCUGGAGGCCGGACAUGGGAAGGGCCCAGCUGAUGGAAUUGGUGCGGCUGUUAAGCGCCAAGCAGACUCGCUUGUGGCCAAGGGCAUUGACCUUCCAACUGGAAAAGUAUUGUAUGAACAACUGCUUAACCAGCAAUCAACUGUCAAGUUAAUGUACAUCACUGAGGGGGAAAUUGAAGAGAUGGAUAGUCUCCUUCCUGAUGACCUGCUGACCAUCAAAGGAACCAUGCAGAUACAUCAGAUUGUCUCUACAAGACCGGAGGAGAUUUCUUGGCGAGUUCUCAGCUGCUUUUGUGCAGAUCCCCAUCCUUGCCAGUGUUUUGGUCUCAAAAAAGUCAACAUACUGGGAGCACAGAACAUGGAGACUGCAUUGGGAUCACCAAGUUCAAGCACACUUACCAGCACAUCUCAACCCAUCAUAGACCUGCAUGAGGGACUGAUUGGAAGUUGGUGUGUGGUACGGUAUGAUGGGGAUCCUUACCCUGGCAUUAUACAGGAUGUGGACCCUGAGGGUUGUGCUCUGGUGAGAACCAUGAGUCAUAUUGGCAAAAAACAAGUUAUUCUGGCCUAUGAGAGACGAUGUUAUUUGGUACCGGCCAGAAGAUGUGAUCAGGCUGGUCCCAGAGCCUCAACCAGUAACAAAGAGGCAUGUGAUGGUGGAGCCAACAGUUUGGAAAGAAAUAUGCUCUGUUCUUGACCAUGAAACAUAACUGAACCUCUGGCCCAUAUGAAAGUUUGACAGAUACAGUAUUUAGCAAAUACAAUGUCUAUUUAGUCAGAUUCAACUUGUUAUUCCACAUGAUUACGUUUGACAGUACAUGGAUUUACGAUAUAACACACAUGACAGUAAUGUUUAAGUACAGAGUGUUUGCUCUGGUUCAGCAUAGGCAUAUAAGUUUUCAAUUUCAAAAUAUAUUGCCUAUUUUAUCUGUUAUUCAACUGGUUAUUUUAAGGUUAUGUUAAGGUAAUGAUGACAUAAAGGGUUUGCUCUAGUUUGUACUAGUUUGCUCUAGUUCAGCAUGUAGAAAACAGUGAAGAAAUGAUUUGCUGAUUUUUAACACAAAUUCAUGUUUUUUCAUUUUUUGGAUUGUUUUUAAUUUAAAAAUAUUGGUGAUAUGUUUUGUUCACAAAUGCUGUUGCUUAUUGAUUUGCUCUGGUUCACCACAUAGAGCAGUAGAAAAUUUGUUUUUAAUUGGAAGUUGCCUAUCUGUCAUUUCCGCCACACACUGUCUCUUCCGCCACGCCAAGUCAUUUCCACCACAACACAUAUUUUAAAGUAAAACAUAUAAAAAACAUACAAUCAAACCAACUAUAUUCAGUGGUGUUGAUAAUUGUGCAGUUAGGGCUAAGAUUUGUGUAUACACUUUGAGAAAUAUAUGAUUUUGAGCUAUGAUAAGAAAAUGAAAUGUUCCAUUGACCUAGUUUUAGGUGUUUUUUAGUGUAAACAUUGUAAAAUCUUUACAGUUACAUUUCUGAAAAAAAUUAUAAAUUACAAAUUUGAACAGAUAUGUGUGUGCUAUUUAAUCAAAUAUAUUUAUAACAGAAGAUAUUUCAUUAUUUUCUCUUAAAAAUACAUGUUUUGUUAUGUGAUGGAAAUGACCGUUUUCUUGGACUGUCAGAUAAAAAUGGCAAAAAAUAUAUAUUAGUAAAUACAAAUCAUCACAGCCAACUUCAGGGAAGGUUUCCAGACAGAUUGAGAAACCAACUGAUACUAAAAAAUUGUUUGUAGAAAUGUUUUUAUUUUCUGAAACUGUCUAGCUCAAAGAGUACCAUAGUUGAAG